AUGUACGCAAUGGGAGUGGGAAACAAUCUUAUGAUACCAUACGCUUCAGCAGUCAUCAUGGAGAUAUUCAAGGAAGGCAACGAAUACCAAGUUGAGUUUCUCUUCCGGAACGAUACCACAAGAGCACCGUAUCCGUUGACGAUUCCCAAUUGUGGUUCUCCUUGUACUGUGGACAGCAUGGCUAAGCAGUACCACAGCAUGCUUCUCAGCAGUUAUGCUGAUCAACAGAAGGUUUGUGUCAUCUAUAGAUGUGAAGAAGAUUAA